AAGUGAUUUAGAGCUUGAAGAAAAUGAUAUCAAUGUAAUAUAUGGCCAGAAUGUCACCGGUAAAGCCUUCCUUCGUUUGAAAGAAGAACAGCUCACUCGUGACCUUGGCCCGUUCAAACUGCUAUUUGGACCGGCUUCAGCAAUCGCAGAUGUGGUUAAACAAAUUAAUGGAGAAGUUAGGAAAAAUAUCACUGAUGCCUUUCCUGGAGGCUUGCCAUAUAUGAAACCGGAACCUUUGCUUUACACUUCUGGUGCUAAUUGGGAAUAUCAACCUGACCCAUCUUUGAAGCAGAUCUUGCGAAGAGAGCUUAAAAAGCAUUAUGAAAAUUUUAUUUUAGGGCGUUUUGACAAAUUGAAUCUUCCGCUAUAUCUCUUCCUUUCUGGAGCUGGUACCGGAAAAUCUCGAAACGCUAAUGAAUUCCACCGGAUGGCAAUCACAUGUUUGUCAGCUCAAGAAGAUGAGGAGCUGUUGACUAGGAUUAAAGAAGCUUGGGUAUUCCUUGUCAGCUAUGAGAAUGGCCUUGCCUUACGGACAGAAGAAUCCCACCCUUUUUUUGCCAUUGGUACUCGUAUGCUAUUUCAACUUCUUAGAGGGAAAAUGAUGCUUCAUGAAAUUAUCAAGACAUUCAAUCCACCAGAUCCAUUAGAUGUUGUGUCAUUGAUUGCCAAACACCACAACCGAGACUUGAAAAACGCUACAGUAAUUUUGGUUGUUGACGGCAUGCAACAGCUUAUGGAGAACAAAGAUGAUGGUUUAAAGUUAAAUUCAACUUUUUACAAAACUCUGACAUCUGUUGCAGAUCUUGCGUUUAGUAGCACUUUCGUGAUACCCGUUUGUACCUCAACCAUCACUGGGCCGAUUGAUGGAAUGUUGAGAUAUUCCCCGCGGAAACGUAUAUACUUACCAGUUGCUUCUCUACAGCCACCAAACUAUCGACAAGGAGAUAUCUUGGUCCCGGUUUUUAAAAAUGAUGAGAUUACUAAUACUCUUGUAGAAGAUUGCGGAGGGCAUGGAAGAGCUCUAGAAGCUCUGGAUGAUUGCUUGGCCGGUCGUAGCAUUGAAGAAUGUAAUGUCGAUACUUUGAUGAACGAUCUGCGCCAUGACCUUACUGAAAAAUACCGUAAUGCUAUUUUUAGUACUGUUGAAGAUGCUAGGCCAAUUGCACGAGCGAUAUUUACUAAACGUCUCUUAAAUAAAUAUAAACCUAUUCCAAAAACUGACAAAACACCAGAUGAAUUUGUUGGAGGUGGAUUGAUUCGAUUCGAACAGUCAAGUAGUAGUAGUCGAAGGGGGUAUCUCACUGCACCGUACAUUUGGCUCUGGAUAUUUAUGGAGAUAUCUAACGAAGAAGGAGAUCCAUUACUUCGAGAUUGGGAAUUCGCUGAUUAUGGGGAGCAAAGAGCAUUUUUGAAUCCAGUAACAUCAUUGCAAGCAAAGUCAUGGCAGAGUUUUGAAAAAUUUGUCGCGUCAUUUCGUUGUAUCAAGUCAACUGUAAUUGAAGAAGAUGAGCUAAUAAAUAUCUCAGAGGUUCACGCAGGAGCACGUUUGAAUGGCGAUAUCCAAUUUAAAAACCACAAUCUACAACUUGAGAUUGCAAAACACCAUACAGACACAAAUUCUAAAAAUCACACUGCAAACGAAUGGAAUGUUGAAUGCUAUAAUUCUACCGUUGAUGUCCGGAAAUUCAAACAUUGUAUCAUUAAUGCCCCAGCUUCACCAUAUGGUGAUUCCUUCCUUUCAUUAGAUCAGCCAGGUACUGAGAGUCCAAACGAAAUCCACCAAUUCAAAUUGCGAAAAAAAGCAGUCAGUCAAAAGGAAUACCAUGAAGAGCGUGAAAAAUCUGCAUCGGAAAAUGAUUUUUUCAUCCUCUUUACAACUGCAAACUGUAAUAUUAAAAUUCCAAAACGGUCUGGGAUUGUAGAUAAAAAAGCCUUUACAAACUAUUUUGGACCAUUUGCUGGAAGAGCAUACAGAUCUGCUAUGGCUAAUCCUUCUAUCUAUAAUAAAGUCAAGAAUAUUCAUACAGUUUCUCUUGGGCAAAUCUGCGUCAUGAAUCAAAUUAGCAAAGAACGAGUGUAUGCAAAAACGAAGAUAGCAAUGAAGAAUUUUUAUUUCCGAAAAGGCCUUCACAUGAUUUCUCGCAUUUUGCUUCGAUUCAUGUGA